AGUGCGCAUGCUCAGUGUAGUAGCCGGUUAUGGCGGCGGUGUGUGUUUGUCCAUGAGGUGGGGGGACGCCUGCUAUUCUUGCGGUCUGUGACGGAGCCAUCCGAGCGAAGCGCUGCCAUGGCUGGUGUGUUUGACAUUGAUUUGGACCAGCCGGAGGAAAAUGUCUCCGACGAUGAGAACGAGGAGGUUCAAAUCACUGAUAUCAUGGACCAGUGCAGUGGAUUUGAGUUCAACAUGGACGACUGUGAGAAGAUUGAGAUAUCGGAGGACAACGUCAAUCAGGGGACGGAGAACAUCCGACCCGAGUGCUUUGAGCUGCUGCGGGUCCUGGGGAAAGGUGGCUAUGGAAAGGUGUUUCAAGUACGAAAAGUUGUCGGAGCUGCGUCAGGCAAAAUAUUUGCCAUGAAAGUUUUAAAAAAGGCCAUGAUUGUACGCAACGCCAAGGACACGGCCCAUACGAAGGCAGAGAGGAACAUCCUGGAGGAGGUGAAGCAUCCCUUCAUAGUCGACCUCAUCUACGCCUUCCAGACAGGAGGGAAGCUGUAUCUCAUCCUGGAGUACCUGAGCGGGGGAGAGCUCUUCAUGCAGCUAGAGCGGGAGGGCAUCUUCAUGGAGGACACGGCCUGUUUCUACCUGGCAGAGAUCUCCAUGGCUCUGGGCCACCUGCACCAGAAGGGCAUCAUCUACAGAGACCUGAAGCCUGAGAACAUCAUGCUCAACAACCAUGGGCACGUCAAGCUGACAGACUUCGGCCUGUGUAAAGAGUCGAUUCACGACGGCACUGUCACCCACACCUUCUGCGGGACCAUCGAGUACAUGGCGCCUGAGAUCCUGAUGAGAAGCGGACACAACCGAGCGGUGGACUGGUGGAGUCUGGGCGCUCUGAUGUACGACAUGCUCACAGGGGCGCCACCGUUCACCGGUGAAAACCGCAAAAAGACCAUUGAUAAGAUCCUGAAGUGUAAGCUCAGCCUCCCACCCUACCUCACACAAGAAGCAAGAGAUCUCCUGAAACGGUUGUUGAAGAGAAACGCCUCCUCGCGGCUGGGAGCGGCGGCGGGAGACGCCGCGGAGGUGCAGGCGCAUCCCUUCUUUAAGCAGAUCAACUGGGAGGAUCUACUGGCUCGGAAAGUGGAGCCCCCCUUCAAACCUUCCCUGCAAUCAGCUGAAGACGUGAGUCAGUUUGACUCCAAGUUCACCAGUCAGACGCCGGUGGACAGCCCGGACGACUCGACGCUCAGUGAAAGUGCCAAUCAGGCCUUCCUGGGUUUCACAUACGUCGCUCCGUCAGUCCUGGAAAACAUCAAAGAAAGGUUUGCAUUUGAGCCAAAGAUCCGCUCACCUCGGCGCAUCGCGGGUAGCCCUAGAACACCUCUCAGCCCGGUCAAGUUCUCCAGCGGGGACUGCUGGGCCCGGAGCCCCCAUGUCCCCGGCGCGGGACCCAGCGUCCUCCAGUCACCUCAGGACCAGGCCAUGGAGCUGUCCAACCCGGAGCAGAUGGACGUCACCACGAGCUCCGAGGCCUCGGCCCCCCUCCCCAUCCGUCAGCCUCAGAUGAAGCCGCAGGCCUACCCCAGCCUGGCCAAGCGGCCCGAGCACCUACGUAUGAACCUAUGACCCCGCCGCGCCUCUUUAGGGAACUCUACUCCUUGACUCUUUUUUUAUUUUUUUGUUUUAUUUUAUUUUUUUAAGAAACAAAGCAAAAAGAUACGGAUGCCAGAGACGAUUCAAAUCCAAAACUCGCACACCGUCACGACCCGGGAGUUUGUGCGUGUGCCUGCGAGCCCGUUCUGCCCCUGACACCCCGUGACGGUCUCGUGAGCGUUUCCUUCCUCGUUGAACCGGACUCGUAGGACUGGGAGCCGAACGCAGCGUAUGACACAGUAUGCAAGCUACUCACUCCCAACAUGCCGUCAGUCUGCUGUACGAGAUGGCGUCCAAAGUGCUUUGUGCUAUUUGAAUGAAAGCCAGUGAGGCUAACUGCUUCUUCUCAGACAAAAAAAAAAAAAAAAAAAGAAA